AAUUGAUUUCAUUGAGGAAGCCAAUAAUAAUGGCCACAACCACAAGCCCUCCUCUCAAAGAUGAUUUGGACAUAGUGAUCCCAACCAUAAGAAACCUCGACUUCCUAGAGAUGUGGAGGCCCUUCUUCCAGCCUUACCAUAUCAUCAUCGUCCAAGACGGUGACCCUUCACAAACCAUCAAAGUUCCCCCGGGUUUCGACUACGAGCUCUACAACCGUAACGACAUUAACAAGAUUCUGGGCCCGCGCGCUUCUUGCAUCUCCUUCAAGGACUCCGCCUGCCGCUGCUUCGGCUACAUGGUCUCCAAGAAGAAGUAUAUCUACACCAUCGACGAUGAUUGUUUCGUUGCAAAAGACCCCUCUGGGGAAGACAUAAAUGCACUUGAGCAACACAUCAAGAAUAUUCUCUGCCCGUCGACGCCUUACUUUUUCAACACCCUUUACGACCCGUUCAGAGACGGUGCCGAUUUCGUCCGUGGCUACCCUUUCAGCCUCCGAGAAGGCGUGCCCACCGCCGUUUCACACGGCCUCUGGCUCAACAUUCCUGAUUACGACGCGCCGACGCAGCUCGUCAAACCCCUCGAGAGAAACACCCGGUACGUGGACACUGUGUUGACGAUCCCCAAAGGGACAUUGUUUCCGAUGUGUGGUAUGAAUCUGGCCUUCGACCGCGACCUCAUUGGCCCCGCCAUGUACUUCGGACUCAUGGGUGACGGCCAGCCCAUCGGUCGCUACGACGAUAUGUGGGCAGGUUGGUGCUGCAAGGUGAUAUGCGACCAUCUGGGAUUGGGAAUAAAGACGGGGCUGCCCUACAUAUACCACAGCAAAGCUAGCAACCCAUUUGUGAACCUGAAGAAGGAGUACAAAGGCAUAUUCUGGCAAGAGGAGAUUAUACCCUUCUUCCAGAGCGCCACCCUCUCCAAGGACGCCACGACGGUCCAAAAAUGCUACGUCGAACUGUCGAAACAGGUGAGAGAGAAGCUGGGGAAGCUCGACGAUUACUUCGUCAAGCUUGCAGAUGCCAUGGUCACCUGGAUUGAAGCUUGGGACCAGCUCAACCCAGCUACCCAGACUUCUUAGCUUGCUAGCUAGCUAGCUUAAUUUCCCAUAUAUGAACAUUUGUAUUGUUUUGUAUUACCUCUCGUGGCUCCAAUUGUUAUUUUAAUUUUUUUAUUGAGUAAAUUUUAUAAAUAGUCCCCAAUUAAGAUUAGUUUUUCAAUAUAUAGUCCCCGAUUUUUAGAUAUUAAAUUUAAUAAAUAGUCCUCAGUUUU